AUGAGAGUACAGGAAAAAGGCCGCGGUGGCAGCAAGCCAGAGGAGAAGAGCCGCAGCGGCGGCCGGGGAGGGAAAUGCACCGCAAAAAGCCGCAGCGGCGGCCGGGGAGGGAAAUGCACCGCAAAAAGGUCGCGGUGGCAGCAAGCCCAGAGGAGAAGAGCCGCAGCGGCGGCCGGGGAGGGAAAUGCACCGCAAAAAGGUCGCGGUGGCAGCAAGCCAGAGGAGAAGAGCCGCAGCGGCGGCCGGGGAGGGAAAUGCACCGCAAAAAGACGCCGCAGCGGCGGCCGGGAAGGGAAAUGCACCGCAAAAAGGUCGCGGUGGCAGCAAGCCCAGAGGAGAAGAGCCGCAGCGGCGGCCAGGGAGGGAAAUGCACCGCAAAAAGGUCGCGGUGGCAGCAAGCCAGAGGAGAAGAGCCGCAGCGGCGGCCGGGGAGGGAAAUGCACCGCAAAAAGCCGCAGCGGCGGCCGGGGAGGGAAAUGCACCGCAAAAAGGUCGCGGUGGCAGCAAGCCCAGAGGAGAAGAGCCGCAGCGGCGGCCGGGGAGGGAAAUGCACGACAAAAAGGUCGCGGUGGCAGCAAGCCAGAGGAGAAGAGCCGCAGCGGCGGCCGGGGAGGGAAAUGCACCGCAAAAAGGUCGCGGUGGCAGCAAGCCCAGAGGAGAAGAGCCGCAGCGGCGGCCGGGGAGGGAAAUGCACCGCAAAAAGGUCGCGGUGGCAGCAAGCCCAGAGGAGAAGAGCCGCAGCGGCGGCCGGGGAGGGAAAUGCACGACAAGAACUAA